AACCUAAUGGCUUCAUUGGUUCUUUAUCCGAUCAAACCGACGAACAAUGCAUGAGAUGACAGUCUCACCCAUCACCGAGUUUCUUUUUCCAUUGCGAUUAUUCAAUCACAGAUAUCGUGAAUGUAAAAAAAUAAAAAAAUAAAAUCACCCGGAACAAUCGCAUCUUGUAGAAAUAAUAACCCACAACUGUCGGUAUAGUCGACGACGUCAUGGAGAAAUUAAAGGUUGCUGUGAUUGGGACAGGUCCAACCGGACUGUCGAUGAUCAAAGUCCUCCGCGAGGAUGGCUUCCGUGUCACUGCAUUUGAGCGCCGGUCCCGAGUUGCCGGUCUGUGGUCCUACUCGGAUAACACAAACUACACGACCGCGCUGCCGACCACAGAGGCCAACAUCAGUAAAUACCCCUGCGGUUUCGCCGACUUUCCCAUACAUGAUAAAUAUCCACCGUACAUGAAAGCAGGCCACUUUCAGGAGUUUAUGGAGGAUUAUGCCAAGCACUUUGACUUGUUAAGAGACAUCGUCUUCGACACCACCGUCAAGCGAGUCGUGAGAAAUGAAGCAGAUACGAAAUGGCUGGUGGAAGUCGAGAAGCAGGGAGGGACAGUUGAAGAGCUCGAGUUCGACAAGGUCGCUCUCUGCCAUGGCUACCAAACCCUGGCCAAGAUGCCCACCUACCCCGGCCAAGACAAGUUCGAAGGCGUACUUAUACACGGUCAAGCAUACCGGACCGGAGAAGCAUUCAAAGACAAAACAGUCGUGGUGGCCGGCGCGUCAGCAUCAUCCGGCGACGUGGUACCAACCCUGAUCCCUCACGCACGCAAAGUCUACCUCUCCCACCGGUCCGGCGCCCUUCCCAUCCGGCGCUGGGUCAAGGGCAAGCCGGUCGACCUCAACAUCACAUGGCGUCGCAGGCAGAUCGGCUUCCUCCUGCAGCGAUACGUGCCCGCGCUGCACAAACUCAUCAGCGACGCCGGGCUGAGCCUCGCGGCCCGGCUGACCAACGGGCCGCUCGACCCGGCGUGGCGCCUCAAACCGUACCAGUCGCUGACGCUCAAGCUGACGGGCAUCUGGGAGACGGUGCUGGAUGCGCUGAGGGAGGGGACCGUCACCAGCGUGCACGGCAUCAAGAGGUUCACGGGUCCGAGGAGCAUCGAGAUGGACGAUGGGACCGUGCUGGACGACGUCGAUGCCGUAGUCUGCUGCACGGGUUACCAGGCUGAUUGGGACAUUGCGCCGUUUGUGCGGACGAGCUUGCCGUCCGCGUAUGGGUACGCCGGCACGCCGCUGUACAGGCUUUACAUGAAUAUGUUCCCACCAGAGUACGCCGACUGCUGUGCGCUGCUGUGCUACAGUGCCUUUGGGAAGAGUAAUGGGUUUACGUUUUCGGACUUGAGCGCACAGGCUAUCAGUAACGUCUGGCGAGGCGUCGAGCCGUUACCACCCAAGGCCGUCAUGGAAAAGCACAUCGACGCGCAUCAGGUCUGGGUCGCGUCGCGAUGGAAGCAGGACCACUCGAUAGACACGAGCUGCGUCAAGACGUGGGAGUUUCAGGGCUGGCUGCACCGCGCGGCAGGCACCGGCAUGGAGAACAUAGGAUGGGGCUGGAAGGGUUGGAAUUUUUGGUGGAAGGACCCGGAGAUGUACAGGCUUAUGAACCACGGCGUCGAGACGGCGCAUGCGUUUCGGUACUUUGAGACGGGUAAGCGGAGGACGUGGAGCGGGGCAAGAGAGGCCAUUAUAGAGGUGAACAAGCGGGCUAGUAUCUUUCCGCUCAAGAAGGAUGCUUUGGAAAGUGGAAAGAUUUGAUGAAUGUCGGCUUGUAGUUGGAUGGAGACAAUUUCUUUUUGUGUGACAGAAUUAUGAAGAUGUGGUGGCUUCUUUUGUGAUCUAAAAGAUAUGGC